AUGCCGCGCAUUCCCGAGAUCUUCCCCCUGGAUAGGGACGACGACGCUCAGGACUUUGUUGGCGAGCACCCCGCGGCAGAGGACGAGAUCCCUGAUGACCAUGUUGGUCGGGACCCUUGGCUCGAGGCGCUCGAGAGGGAGGCGGCUGAACAUGUGAUCCAGGGCAACCCCAGCGAGUGGCGAUGCGUUCGCUGCGACUCCAACAUGGCGGUGCAGACGGGAUUGGCGCAAUGGACCUGCACCACUUGCAGCGGCAGCGAGUUCUACAAGACAGAUCGUGCGCUCCGACGCCUCCGAAUGGACCACCGCCUCGGCGACCUCCUUACGAUGUUUCGAACGGACAAGAGUCCGAGGACCCCCACCUACGACCCGACCGUCGACCCCGAUGCCGAGCUCCCAGGUCAACGUCCUACCUACGGCUCGACCGACUUCGUGCCCGGCUACUCCACCGACGGCGUCCUCGCAAAAGCCCAAGCAGAGAGCCAAGCAGGGCAAGCAGGCAGCCCGAGCGCAGACGGACACCAAAGAGGUGAUGACGUCUCAAGCCCCUGCUUCCUCGUCCUCGGCGCCUUCAUGGAAUUCCUUGAUGGGGCCAUCGCGUGGCGUGAGGGCAUCCAGCGUCAGCCGGGCGAGGGGCUCAAGGCCUUCAGCAAUCGGUACCGACGCAUUGAACGCAACCUCAAAGUGCUGGUCGGCAGCCGCUAUUCCCUCGCCUUUGAAGACGUGGCGGAAAGUAUGGCCAUGCAGUUCCCCGACUUCAAGGGUGCCCCGCCGGUCAUUGGUCGAGAUGGGCAGCCAAUAAGUCGACACAAGGGGGGCGGCAAGGGCCAGGCACCGACUUCGUCAGGCCACGCCGGCAAAGGUGGCGGCAGCAAGCGCGGCGGCUUCACCAAGAAGGUCUAUGUGGCGGAGGUUUUGAGCGUUACAGCUCGCAAGCUCGCCGGGAUGAAGCUUGGACGCAAAUUCUCUGGGAAAGGGGCACACCAGACAUACAUGGUGCGCCAUGCGGACCACGGCUCCAUCGAGGUGACCGACGACGUCGCCUAUGGCGCGAUGUUCACCGUAAACGUGGUCUUCGACGUGCGGCGCGCUCCUGGCGGCGACCUCGGCUUCCCGGAUAUGAUGAUCCUGGACACGGCCUGCCAGCGCACCUGUUGCGGAUUUGGUAGCGGCGACCCCGUCAAGGCCCGCCGUCGUUUGUACAUGCCGGCGGGCAUCGGGCAAGCUGACUUGAUCAUCGGAGCCGGGAGCUUGUACUUUUGGCCCGAGACGUGGCCGACAUCGUUCCUGCCCCAGCAUCGGCGCCUCAUGCUGCAGCCUCCACCGUCAUGGAUGCGCAACUGGCGCCGCCUGGUGCACUCGCUUCGAACCUUCAAGCGGAUGGUGUUCAUCUACAUGGCCCGGGCGGUGAACCUCGGCCUCGUGACGACCGAGAUCUACCUCAACGUGCCCCCGGCCAUGGACGCCCGCUUCGAACAUCCUCCAUCGACGCGCCGGCGCCCCGACUAUGUCCGGUACGGCAACGCGUACGGCAAGUUUGCUCGGUGCAAGCAGUGUCUCAAGAGGUGGAGGUGGAAGGCAGACCGCGCCGUCUGGAUCGAGCGCCCCGACAGCAAGUUCGACACUUCGCUGCUCAAUUCGCGACCGCCUUUGCCCUCCUCCUCCAACACUGUGUCGGCGCAGGCGGCCCAGCCGGCGGAACCAUUGACCCGGAGAUCUUCUACCAAGCCGGCGGGAGCGACUACCAAGGCGGCAGCUUCGCGGAGGCGCCGGGCGACACGUUCAGCGGCCAGCGGCUCGGACAUGUCGGACGCAUGGAACCUUCUGAACAACCCCCUGCCGCCUCCAGAGAGCGACUACGACUGGGACGAAGAAGACGAGAGGGUGAUCUACGACAGCCUUCCGGUGACGGCGCAACGACCGCCACCAUGCGUCUAUGGCUGGCACCUUGAAGAGCUCGAGACCCAGAGCUACGUCAUCAACAUGAUCAAGCGACUUCGCCCACAUGUUCUUCACGUGGCCUACCCGGAGCUUCUGGACCUCCAACUUGGAUCUGGACGCGCCUUCGUGCUGGCAGCAGACCACCCGGGCAUCGUGGAGUGCGUUGUCGACUCAGGCGCUUAUGGCGGCAAGACGGCGGACGGGGAGCCCAUCAUUAAGCCCUUUAAGUUCCUCACCAACAUCCCCGGCGCGGCCUCAGUACUUUGCAAGCGGCUUUCGGAAGUGGAGCGCAUGUACACCGUGACCGUGCAGGGCAAGAACACGCGACCUUCCCAGGUGUAUCCCCCGAAAUUGGUGGAUGAGCUCCUUGGCCUGUACCGCGCCUACGUCCGCAGCAUCGACAUCACGCGCGUGGCCACGUAUCAGGCCCUUCCGGUCUACCAAAAUCCGGUCACCGACCUGGCCGCCUGGGACCCCAUCAUCGUGACAAUGCUCGAGCGAUCCUUCGGCGCCAGCGACCUGUCUACAUCGACUCGGACAGAGCUCGACGUGGAAGCUCGAUUCCGAGGACCCCAAGGCGGAGCCGUUCUCCUGCUCCGGCUGCCUCGUCUUCACUCCGUGCCCUACCUCCAGGACAACCAGCGCCACCAGAGGAACCUCCUCGACAUCAAGCGCUACACGACCGUCCUCUACUUGAAGGACAACCACCAGAAGCACCAGCACCACCUGCGCCGGACCUUCUGCAAGACGCCCCAGAACAUGGACAACCUCUCCCUCAAGAGGAAAGGCGCUGGCUCCCAGCUACAAGAUGGACAGCAAGAGCCGACGCCUGGAGGUGAAGUUGUUGACGUGGACCAAGAACUUCCUUCAGAUGUUCUCGACUACGCGCCGUCGCCAGAGCAAGAGGCGAUGACGACCCUGUUCUUUGCGGACGGCGUUCUUCAUCACCUACCGCCUGGCCAAGUGCCCCACGAGUUCUACGGCCCUGCUUGUGACAAGUUCUACCAGGCCCACCUCUCCUCGGACUACCGGAAAGACGACGUCCUCAACACCGACAAGCCACGAGAAGAGGUCGACACCUCCGACUCGGACUGGGGAGACGAACCUCCAGCUUCAAGGACAGGCGGGUCGCGCCAGGGCAUGACUCGUGUGGAACUCAAGGCGGACAUCGAGGCCUACAAGGCAUCUGUCGUGAAGGAGCACGACUCCUGGAUGGAGUGGAAGUCGGUCAAGGCGCUCACUCACAAAGAGGCGCAAGCCGUGCUUCGAGACAAGAUUUUGCGCAAACGGAUUCUCCGCGCAAGGAGUUGUUUCCGUGAUAAAGCUAAAGGGCUUGGAGCUCUGCGCGCCAAAUGCCGCGUUGUCGCCCUUGGCCACAACGACCCAGACGUCUUCAGGUUGAACCGCGAGUGCCCCACACCUAACCGCACCAGCGAGCACGUCCUCUUCCUGAUCUUGACCGCCGGAAGCAACAGAGAGUUCGCCAACACCGGCAAGAAAUGGUUUGGAUGGACAGGUGACGCCUCGACAGCCCGAAGAAGAACGACUUCCUUUGUUCCUCCGCCCUCCGGACGACGGGCUGACUCGGGCAACUGGCUGUGGGCGAUCACAGUCAUCAAGCGGUUGAAGUCCCUGGGAUAUCGGCAACACAGCUUUGACCGUAUGGUCUUUCUCUUGUUCAACUCCUCCGGAGAGCUCCUGUCAAUCAUCAUCGUCUACGUGGACGACUUCCUCGGCGUCCACCGUGAAGAUUACGAUGUCAAACCAGUCUGGGACGCCUUCCGGUGGGGAGCCCUCGACCACAUCGAGGUGGACAAGCAGUUCACGUCUACUCUGGCGGCCGAGGCAUGCGCCGCAGACGACGCCUGCGACCGCGGCUCCUACGUCAACUUGUUCUUGGGCGAGAUCCUGUAUAAUGUGCCUGCCCACCGCUGCCAAAACAAGCUCCUUCACCUCCACGUGGUGGACGCCAAGUCCUUGUACGACGUCGUCCUCUCCGAGACUCCGAACCUGACGGACAAGAGGUCGUUGGUUAACGUGAGGGCCAUCCAGGAAGUGAUUAGUGGCGAGCAGAUGCGGUGGGUGCCCACGCACUUGCAGUGGGCAGACGGGCUCACUAAGCAGAGCGAAGAGCUGCAGAUCAAGACGCAUCUGUGGCUUCAAAGUCCACAUGUGAUACUGCGGGAGGAUGCUUGA